UAUACAGGUCCUAUAUUUAAAUAUAGGACCUCUUACCAUGGGAGAAGGCAAGAUAUCUUCUUUGUUUUAUUUUAUUUUUCACACUUGUUUUUGGGAAGGCAAUUCAGGGAGAAAAGUUUUGCUGUCAGACAAUUGCUAUUACACAUAGUGUUUGGACGGAGAGCAUUUGUCACGCUCCCUUUUUGUCCAUGGAGACCAGUUUAAGGUUGUAAAGAUACUAAGUUAAUUGUUUGAAAGCCUAUUCAGUUCAAAUACUAUAAUUAUAUUAUUAUUAUUACCCAUUAAUGUCACUUUGAUUAUUCUAACAAUGUGCAUGGGAACCACAUUAAAUGCAUUAGCAAUUAUUACUGAAAUAAUAUGAGAAAGGUAUAUCUCUGCAUAAUUAUGAUGUACAUGUGGAAAAACUAACUGUAACAUAUAAUGUCCAAGUUUUAAAUCUCUGUCACUUUUCACUUUUUAUCAACUAAGGGUAAAAUAGUUAAAACAUAAAAAACAAAGCUGGUACCCAGCCCUGUCUUAAUUGUACAAUUGGAACUGCUGUUACACAGACUUGUACUAAAACAUUGUUUUUUUACUCUUUACUCCCAAAUCUACUGUUUUUGUUUUGAAGGUUUCCAAGGAGCUUUAGUGAGGUUGCCAGUAUUUUAUUUUUAAAACUUCAAAAUGGCUGUCAAAUAUUACAUAGCACUUUAAAACAUUAACAUACAUGGAUCAUAGCUGAUGAUGCAUUAGGCAGAAGCUCAGAUACUGAGAUUCUACCCUAACAUUUCAGGUCUUUUUAAGCUUUUUAAGCUAUUUCCCUCUCAAACCUUUUCCCAUCUGGGGGAACCUUUCACAGUAAAACAUCACCUUUCCAAAUAAAAUAUUUUAAUUUUUCCUAUUUUAGUUUUCUUAGUUUUUAAAUGUUGUUUAGAGCUGGGAUGAUGUGCUAUUUUGCUCAUUUUAGCUGCAGUGCUCUGGAUUGACUUUUUAGAGAAGAUAAGACAUUAAAAGAUGCUAAUAGUCACAAAGUCACAUAACAGGGCUUCACAGCUGUGAAGCCCUGUGGGGGAAAUGGAGAUUUGUUUUUUCUUUUGCCUUCCCUGGCAAUGUGUUUCCUGCAACAUUUGCUGGUCUAGUUUCACAAAUGUCAAUUUAAAAUGUCAAGUACAUACACAUAUAAAACGUGUUCAUUCUUAACUUUUGGUGGAAAAAGUGAUUGAAAAUGGAUUUAUUCACUGCAUGUCUGUGGAAGGUUGAACUGCACAUAAACACAAAAAAGACACAAAUCAAAACUGUCAGAUUACUUUCAGUUAUUUAUCCGUGAUAAUAACUCAUAAAUAGUCCAAAUAGUUGAAUGUAUUGUGUUUCUUUCUUUCAUACUGAAGAAAAGAAACCGUGCAUUUCUAUCCUAAAUAAAAAUAUACAAAACUUCAGGUAUUUCAUAUUAAAAAACGUGGAAAAAUCUCACGAAAACUCCAGAAAGUACGAUGAUGAAAGGCUUACAGUAGCCUAUUCAAAUAUGCCGCAUGCGGUGUGUUAAUGUGUUCUCUCAUUAGUACGAGAGAACGCAAAAGAAAACAACUUCCCCAUGUCCCCUCCAGGGCUCCGUAGUGUGCGGACUUUUGACCGUUUCUCUUCAGCUCAGUUUUGUUUCCACUCAGAACGUUAUGGGAUGAUGCAUUUGUCAGGGCCUGAGUGGGAGCAUAGAGCAGCAACACCCCCAGAAAGAGACAGCCAACCAACAGUCAAUAAAUGGGCUCAUCACAUCACGGCGUUCACUCCUCUAGUUUGGUUCGUUCAUCUGUUUGUUAAAACACGUGGAAAUGAGAGAAAAGAGCGUUAAUGUGAGCGAAGAUGCUUCACUCGCUCAAAAGUUUACUGUACUUGGUAAUGUACACUGAAUGUAAAGGUCUUUUUCAUUUAUUUCUUUUUUUUUAGAAAAGUCCAAAUUGCCGUUUUUGUUGUAAAUGGGCUGGUCUUCUCACCAUUACUAAUCCCUGCUUAUCUUAUUAAGCCCAGUUAUAUUUGUUGCAUUGCAACAUGGAGGUGAGGUUUUUUCUUUUUUUAUAUAUAUAUAAAAAAUACUGUUUUUAAUGUUUUCGGUUUUGUUGUUUAAUUAACCGUUUACGUAUCAUUUCUCGCUGUGUUUAUGUUGUUGUAGAAUAUAUGCAUACACUGUACCUUGUUUCAGAAAACAGAAUGACUGAAACAUCAGAGCAGCUUAAAGUAGAAGAAAGCAUUUUCUGCAUAUUCGUUUUUAGAAAAUCAGAUGGCAGUUAUCCUUUUUUCCUCCCAACUGACCGCGAAAGCUUAAGGUAUUCCAGCUCCUUUAAUUGAAACUUAUUGUUUAAAAUUGUAUUAUGACUGCAGAAUAAAAUCAAAUGCGCCAUUUCAACCAAAGAUUGGAAUCCGCUUCUCAACCAGAUGUUUUUAUAAUUUUAUAAUUAUCUUUCAUUUAAAACAGCGAGCCAAUAGCAUGCUGCUCCGAAUGAGGAUCAAGUUUUACUUAUAGUUUUAUGAGAUCUAAUUAAGGAAAUUUCAUUCACCGUAGCAUUUGUCCCAACGUUCCAGCGACUGGACCCGAUCAGUAACCCCAACCCGAUCAGUAACCCCAACCCGAUCAGUAACCCCAACCCGAUCAGUAACCCUAACCCGAUCAGUAACCCCAACCCGAUCAGUAACCCUAACCCGAUCAGUAACCCUAACCUAACCUAACCUAACACACUACAGGAUGAUCGGUUAAGAUUGUCGGAAGCGACAAUCUUAGAACUCAGAAAGUUAUAAGAUUGUCGCAAGGGCAAAAUCGGGCCAAAAAAUCGUGUAGUGGGUCUUAACUGGGCUUAAGACCUACUGCUGAAAGCAACAAACUGAAAUAUAAGGAAUUCUUCUGCUUUUAGAAGCAGUCAGUUGGAUGUAGUGAGAAUACUUGCUUUGAAACGUUUUUUUCUUGACGUUUUGAAUUUGUUGUGGAUUGUCUGUUUAAUAGUUAACUCCUUUCUAAACCGAGUGAAACAUCUUCCAAAAUAGAGCAGCUUUUUCGCCACGAUGUUUCUGACGUCACGCCAUCCUCGGCUUUGCUUUACAUUAGAAGGUUUAGUGCAGCGCGGGGUAAAGUUUUCUCGCGAAACGUUACAAAAACAGCGCGUGUGCUGUGUUAAAUGGCUCAGAUGAGGGCUGAAGGGACCGAACACGGUUCUCAGUCUGAAUCCAAACAAAGCGACUCUUGGACCAACUUUAAGGCACAAGCCGCGGAAGACCCUAAACGGGAACCGGGUGUCAACAAUGAGGACAAACCAGCCGAGGACUGCGGCAGUUGUACGGCAGCGGGGCCCGGGCACAACCCGCAGUCCUUUUCCGACAUGGACGGGGAAGGUACGUCGCCUCACAGGAAGCCGGGCAACAGCGAUGUGGAAUGUGGCUUUAAACUCGGCCAACCUGAAGAAAGCCCUGCGCAGGGUAGUCUAGCGAGCAGCACGGACUCCGCACAAGAGGGCUCGCGAGUCCUGAAAGCAGAACAAAGAGAAGCGGAGAACGGGCGCAGCUCGGAGCCUCGCGGCUGCACAAAGGCCGCGGGAAAGGCCGAACACGCGGCCAGGCGGUGGGUCGCUGUGGAGUUGAACUCAGUGGAAGGAGAACCGCUCAGCCGCAUGGACUCUGAGGACAGUUUCUGCUCCACCCUGAUGGACAUUGAGAGCACUGCGUCCAGCGGUCGUUCCACUCCUGCCAUGCUCAAUGGUCACAGUGGGGGGGCAGUGGCAGUAACAGGCUCUGGACCUGCUGUGAGCAAAUCUCUGAACUACACCUGCUGCUGGGAUGACUGCCAGCUUCUGUUCUCCAGCAGCCCUGACCUGGCUGAACACAUUCGAUCUGUGCAUGUGGAUGGACAGAGAGGAGGGGUGUUUGUGUGCCUGUGGAAGAACUGCAAGGUGUACAACACUCCGUCCACCAGUCAGAGCUGGCUGCAGAGACACAUGCUGACCCACAGUGGAGACAAGCCCUUCAAGUGCGUGGUUGGCGGCUGCAAUGCCACUUUUGCCUCACAGGGGGGGCUGGCACGCCACGUUCCCACCCACUUCAGUUCCCAAGGUUCUUCCAAAACAUCCAGUCAGGGAAAAGUGAAGGAGGAAUCUCCAUCCAAGGCUGGUCUGAUCAAGAGAAGGAAACUCAGGAACAAAUAUAGACGUUCACUGCCUCGACCCCACGACUUCUUUGAUGCACAAACCAUGGAGGCCAUCCGGCAUCGAGCCAUAUGUCUCAACCUGGCAACACACAUUGAGAGCCAGGGCAACGGACACAGUGUGGUCUUCCACAGCACGGUUGGUUCUCUCUCUGUCUCACAGCAUGAACAGAACGGACCCACCACACAGAACACAGAACGGACCCACCACACAGAACACAGAACGAACCCACCACACAGAACACAGAACGAACCCACCACACAGAACGGACCCACCACACAGAACACAGAACGAACCCACCACACAGAACGAACCCACCACACAGAACGAACCCACCACACAGAACGAACCCACCACACAGAACACAGAACGGACCCACCACACAGAACACAGAACGAACCCACCACACAGAACACAGAACGAACCCACCACACAGAACACAGAACGAACCCACCACACAGAACACAGAACGGACCCACCACACAGAACACAGAACAGACCCACCCCUGCUCUCUUUUGUUUCUAGGUGAUAGCCAGGAGGAAAGAGGAUUCUGGGAAAGUGAAGGUGCUGCUGCACUGGACACCUGAAGAUAUACUGCCUGACGUGUGGGUGAAUGAGAGCGACAGACUGCAGCUGAAGACCAAGGUGGUUCAUCUGUCCAAGCUGCCGACAGACACAGCUGUCCUCCUGGCCCCCAACAUUUACAG